AUGCAGGCUGCAGCAACAGGCACAGCUUCAUCCACACCAUCUGCCUCAAUAAGGCGUAUUGAGAAGGAAUUAAACGGAUUAAAUAUUACAUCACCGAUUUUAUCAGCUGGACCUAUUGAUCCUAAAAAUUUAUUAGAAUGGGCAGCAAUAAUACAAGGUCCACCAAACACACCAUACGAAAAUGGCCAAUUUAAAUUGUUAAUAUUAUUUACAGAAUUAUAUCCGUUGAAACCACCCCAAUGUCAAAUGCAAACAAAAGUAUUUCAUCCAAAUAUAACUGAAGACCAAGGAGAAAUUAGUUUAGAUUUAUUGUCCACAUCAUGGAAACCAACAACACCAAUUGCAACUAUAAUACAGGGUAUUUAUGAAUUAUUGGAACGACCACAUGGAGAAAAAUGUCUUGAAGUCGAAAAAGGAAAAUUAUAUUUAGAAAAUAGAGAUGAAUUUAAUCGUUUAGCCAAAGAUUAUACAGACAAAUAUGCUAAACAAUAA